UCAAGACAUAGACCUUGCGACAGAGUGCUAUAGUCACUAUAUAGUUCGGAGAAUAUAUAUUAACAGGCAAGUAAUUUUCUGAUUUAUUUAUUUUAGUGAUAAAGCAAACACAGGCCUGCAAAUUCUUGUCUUGGGACUCGACAAUGUUGGUAAGACAACCAUCAUUCAACAACUACGUAAAAUCAGUGCUCAUAUUUUGGGAUGGCAAGAGAAGUACAGAAACACUGACGCCGACGAAUGGAGGACUUCCUCUGAACGGCUUAUAUUUCAAGAAGUUACCAGCUUCCUAUAUCCAAGUUUUCAGAAGCUUGCAAUCAAGAAAUCAGAUGCCUUUAUCCUCACAUAUGCUAUAAAUGACGGAACGUCUUUUGAAUAUGCAAUGAGUUUCAUCAGAGAAAUAACAGCCAUCAGAGGAAAAAAUGUGCCAAUUUUUGUUGUUGGAAACAAAGCCGAUACAGAGGAACGUGAUGUCAAUCCGGAGAUAGCUGACUAUGAAGUGACAAUGAAUUAUGAGUGUACGCAUGUUGAAGUAUGCGCACUGGAUGGUGACGGCCUGAAAGAUCUGUUCUCAUGUCUGCUAGGACAUCUUGGUCAAUAUUUAGUAAAUCCAACGAAAGAUGAAAGUGUUGAGGACAAAAACCAGUCACUUCGCAAAAGGUUGUCAAAUUACUUUCGCAAAAAACUGUCUACGUUGAACACAUUUUAGACUGUUCUAUUUGCAACGAACGGUAACGUUGACAACUAUAUUCUGCAAAACUAUCACAUGUAAUUUGCAUUUACUUGACCAAUGAAUGUCUUCCAUUUCCACAAUAUGAAUAAGUAUAAUUCAGUAUGUAAUCAUUGUAUUGUAUUAGAUAUGAAAACAUGAAAAGAUGUAGUUUAUAUUCUCUGUAAUAUUUUCUCCACGUGUAAGUUGAGUUGCAAGACUU